AUGAAAGUUAAUCCUCAAGAUGUUCCUGAGCAAAGAAUUGACGAGGAAGGCGAGAAUUACGAACAUUUAGAACAUGGAAUGGACCUCUCGUUUUACAAUCCAAGUGCAGAAUGGGAUUUGAUGAGUUUAACCAGCCAACGACACGUCAAAAUAUAUCCUGGAUGUUGUGGUUCUGAUGCCUAUAUUGAUGUUAGCUUCAAUUUGGUUAUUCGUCGAAAAGGACUGUUUUAUACGGUGAACCUCGUCGUACCUUGUAUGCUUAUCGCAAUAUUGACAACGUUUGCUUUUUACAUACCACCUCGAGAGCAUAAAAUGACCUAUUUAAUGCAAACACUGGUUGCCAUAACCUUUUUCUACCUUGUGCUGGUGGAACUAAUUCCUCCAAGUUCUGUUGCAGUGCCACUUAUUACCAAAUAUCUACUUCUAACUUUAUGCCUACUUGUUGCAUCUAUCGUAAUCUCUAUUUAUACCGUACGAGUUUACAGGGAUGCUUCAUCAAAUCCAGUGCCAAAAUGGAUGCGUGUUGUUUAUAUGGAGACCUUACCAAAAUAUUUGCUUAUCAAGCCACCAAAUCAAGAAAUAUUUUUGAAAGCCAAAGGAAGGCCUACAGACGGUAGUUCAAAAGUAGCCUCCGCGAGAAGCUCACGACGCUUGAGUAGCUACUUCUUGCAAACGUACAGUGGUGACGUACGUUUAUCACAGCUGGCACAACUUCGAGGACUACAUCCCGAUCUUAUCCGUCGUAUGAUUGAUAACUUGUCGUUUAUUUCCGACCAGUUUCGUGCAUUUGAAAAUGACGGUCGAGUUUCUGCUGAAUGGGCUUAUGUAGCGGUAGCUAUGGACCGGUUUUGGCAUAUACUAUUUACAGUGAUCAACUUUCUCGGAGCUUUGUCAUUACUUCUACAGUCUCAAACACUGUACGAUUCACGAUUACCUUUAGAAAUUGAACCAUCAAGCAAACCUCUUAUCGCAGAAAUAACGUGGCAGCGCAGAUAA